GCUGGGACGAUUUUGAAGCAUGGUUGGCCAUGCAGGAUACCAAAGAUGAUGCUUCGAAUGAAGAUGCCGCGGAUCGUGAAUGCCUUCAGGGUAUUAGCCAGCAGAAGGAGGAAGAAGAGCUUGAACAGCGCAAGGAAAUCCUGCCAAAGGCCGCAGAUGGCUCUGACGAAAGUGAUAUAGAUGGGGCGGAGUUUAACGAUCCCUCUCAGAUGACACUAGAGCAGUUGGAGAAGGCACAAAGAAUAUACUUACGCCGCUUGAAGCGCGAGGAAUCGAAGGAGGGAACGUGCUUGAAGCAGGAAGAGUGUUUGGAGCAGGCAGAGUGUCUGGAGCAGGAAGAGUGUCUGGAGCAGGAAGAGUGUCUGGAGCAGGAAGAGUGUCUGGAGCAGGAAGAGUGUCUGGAGCAGGAAGAGUGUCUGGAGCAGGAAGAGUGUCUGGGGCAGGAAGAGUGUCUGGAGCAGGAAGAGUGUUUGGGGCAAGAGCGCUUCCAGAUGCGUCGCAAAAAUCUGAGGCGCCAGCGAGCAAUUAAUGAUCGUACCACUGCCCUCCAGCGCUUGCACAACGAGCGUCUUCAAAGAUUAGAAAAGAAAUCGAAUGCCCAGCGCCAGAAGGACAGAAUCUUCAAAUGGAUGGAAGAUGACCGCCGGGAUCGGGCUAAGCUCAGCAAUAAGGACAGAAGGCUUCCGCAAGUGUCGAAAGUGAGGCUAAGGGCAUCAGAUAUCUACUCUGACAACUCCAGCGAUUCGUCCUCGCCAAAUGAGGCAGACGACAACGAAAAACGCCAGCCCAUGAAUGCCAGUCCAACAUUGCUCAGCAGCUUGGAUCAGCUUAACAGCGUGAUGCUUAAACGGAGCCAACUAAUAAGUUUUGUCGACAAGCCCAUAUUCGGGCAGACGGUGAUCGAUUGCUUUAUACUAAUGCCCAAUACCAAUCUACGGUCGACCAUCUACCAGAUCACUGGCCUGGUUCACACGGAUGUGACGUACCAACUGGGACACAAGACAACGGAUUAUCAAUUGAACGUACGUCACGGUAGACUGGAGAGAUUGACCCGCUUGGACGCCGUUUCCAAUAGUCCAGUACCAGCUGUGGCAUUCCGAAAUUGGAUUGAUAGCUGUGAGAAGGAUAACUGGGUCCUGCCGGAGCUCUCGCUGAUCACGAAGAAGGAGCAAGACAUCAAAAAGGCCACCAAUUACAUUUUUACCGAAGACGAUGUGGCCGAUAUAGUUAAAAAGAAACGCGAGUCGGGCCUGAGUCAGGAGAAGGUCGCUGUGCGGAAAAUACGUCUGAUCGAGGAGCGCGACUUGGCUCUUACCAACAACGACCACGAGAAGGUCGUUCGCUUGGACAAGGAGAUUAAGGAGAUCGACCAGGAUCAGGAUCAGGACAUGGCGAAUUUUGGACAGAAGGUGCCACGAUUCGGGGGUUCAUUACGUAGUGGCCUUACCCCAUAUGUUCCAAAGAAUCCAGUACAAAAAUCGGAACAGCGCCGUGAAGCCGCUCUUCUUCCAGCCUUGUCGCGUUGUCACAAGCAUACUGGGCCAUCAGAUAUACCGCGUCCUCAAGUCCCUCCUGUGACUAAGACUCCACAUAUACCGCGAUUGCCUCAAACAGCUCCUCUGCGCAAAGGCAUCUCAGCUGCUCCUCGCCGUCCACGGCCUUUGCCUGCCAAAAGAUGCUUUCCUGAGAGUGCUCCCAAGCCACUAGAUACCAGUCUGGAGCGCUACAUAAAGCGCAAAUACAAGAAAAGUGCCCUGGGGAAACGCAGUCCAGAGCCCGUUGCCGAAGUCCCUGAAGUUGUGGCGCCGCAGGAAGCGAAGAAAGAUGCCAGCCUUUACGAUUUGCACGAUUUUCAUGUGGACGUAGAUACCUCGGUGUUAGCUCCUUUCGAUUCGCUGUUUGGAAAAGAGGAAAGUCCGGAUCCAGCUUUGGAGCAGCCUACAAUUUGAGACCAGAUGUAUA